AAAAAAACCACCACCAAAAAACCUCCGCUGUGGAACCCUACUCACGGGCCUGGCAGUCUGGGGGUGGAGAUGGGCCCGUCGAAUCCACCACUCCUCCAUCUACUAUGUAGUGUAGAGCUUUCCUUGCCAUCAUUCAACGUCCGCAACCUGCUUGCCGCGGCAGUUGCGGACAGCCGUCGCCUUUUCUUCCCUCGUCGAUUUUGAGACCGUCCCGCCGGUGACAGGAAGCCAUGUGACGGUGGAUCCCGUGGCCAACAUGAAGCUCACACAAGGGCCAAUGCUGUGGAAUCCCAUGGCCGGGAGUAACUCCGACCAACUACAGUACACAGUACCAAGGUGGUUGGAAUUCCUGCGCAAGAGCAGGUGGAAGAGGACAUGGACGACCCACCCAGCUGGUCCACAUCACCCAAGAUAAAUUGCACUGUGUAUGGGCCGUCCCGUAUGCAAAUUUACACUACACAACUUCUUCAGAGUCUUGUUCGCUGGAUCCAUGAUACCCACAGACUCGCAUUUACCUAGGCGUGCCGUUCCGUUCCGUAUCAUUUACUCCCCAGAUACCCCCGGGCCCCCCGAACCACCCGGCAUAUUGGAACAUAGCCUUGGAAUCUGCACAUACUCUGGUACAUAGUACCGAGUUUCACCUGCCCUAAGGACGUCUGUCUUGGCUUGCUGUCUGAAAUCGCAGUCGGAAAAGAGUGUGCUUUGUGUGUGGUGGUGACCAUGUGGCAGGCGCAGUACUACAUACCUAGGUAUGUAUGACCUGGGAUUGAACAAAAGCAUGUUGGUGGCAGCGCUGGGCCACACGGCCAACGGCUUCUGAAAAACACUCGAGCGUUUCAUUUCUACGCCGUAAGCGUGGUUUGAAGCGGCCCGCCACUGAAACCCGACUGCCGACAGCGAAGGUCGGAGGACCCUAGAACCUCGGCGAAUGCGCCCCGACCGCGGCAGACAGAGGCGGGUGGGCUCCGUUCGUCAUCAUCCGACGCCCUGACUAAUACUGGAAUAAUACUUGCAACCUUCGAGUCAGCACUGGAGGGGACAAGUCUCCUACCCGCCGUCGGGCGGACCUUGACAUUUCCUAGCCUCCAGCCGUUGGUCCUGGGACUCAGACUUCUGACUUGCAUUUUAUUCCUUACAAUCAAUCCCCCAAGACGAGCAACCAACCAAUCACCUACCCAACGAACCUCGUCGGCCGUUGCGACGACCCCUGAGCCGGUGCGUGCUUGCCCCGCCGAACCGCACAAUCCGAACGGCCCAAGAGCCAACGGUGCAGCCAUUGAGGUCCAGGAGAAGCGGCCACCGGGUCACAGCGCCGUCUCAACGUCUCGGAACAUGCCUGGCAUCGACGCGCCCGACGAGUCCGGCUUGGCGGGUCAGUGGCGGGAUAAGGGCGACACUGCGGCCGGCAAGCUGCCCUCGUUCUACUCGCCGAGGACCACUCCUCGCGAUGGCGACAGCGACGCCGGCGCCGAUGCCGACGCCGACGUCCCCGACACGACACUCGACGGCCAAGCGCCAUCAGCCCCCCAGACACAGCAGCCCCCUUCAUCCAACCCAGACCAGGACGAGGCCCCCAUAGCCGAGCCACCGCCGUCUCUCCUCAGCCCGUCCUUCACGCCACCCUCGACCCCCGGCACUGCCACCCCGCUCACAUCUGUCUCGUCCGUCACCGGCGCAUCCAUCGGGCCACCAACCACCACCCUGCGCCCAGCACGCGCGGUACCCGUCGACUCUACCCUACCCGACUCCACAUCCGGCUGUGGGACAAAGCGCCCACGCCUCGUCGAGCGCCUGCCCCAGGUCGAGUGUAUUGUCCGGGCGCGCAUACCCACUGUCGCCGGCACAGAAAUGUUCCUGCACCUCUACACCAACGACGUGGACAACAAGGAGCAUCUGGCUAUCGUCUUCGGGGAGAACAUACGGAGCAAGAGCCUGGACGCACCCCGGCCGGGCGAGACGGAGAGCGACCGGAUGGUGCGCGGGGCCUACGUGGGGAGGCUGUACCCCGGGCGUACCAGCAGCGGCAUGCCACAUGGCCAGGCCCAAGGGGCCGAGGCGCCUGCGUCACAGGAGGAGUCCAAGGAUAUCCCCCUCGUGCGCAUACACAGCGAAUGUUACACGGGGGAGACGGCGUGGUCGGCACGGUGUGACUGCGGCGAGCAGCUCGACGAGGCGGCCAGGCUGAUGUCGCUGCCCUCCAACAAGGCCGGCGGCAUCAUCGUGUACCUGAGGCAGGAGGGGCGGGGCAUUGGCCUCGGGGAGAAGCUCAAGGCCUACAACCUACAGGACCUCGGCUCGGACACGGUCGAGGCGAACCUGCUGCUGAGGCAUCCCGCGGAUGCGCGGAGCUACGGGCUGGCCACGGCGAUGCUUGCGGACCUGGGCCAGAGGGACAUCAAGCUCCUAACGAACAAUCCCGACAAGAUCCGGGCGGUGGAAGGGCCGAAUAGGGAAAUCGUGGUCAGGGAGCGGGUCGAGAUGGUGCCCCUGAGCUGGAGGGGCCGCGGCGGUUUUAGGAGCAAGGAGGUGGAGGGAUAUCUGAAGACCAAGAUCGAGAAGAUGGGUCACAUGCUCGACAUGGACUCUGGCCCACGUUGACAUACGUGAAGGAACCAAGAUAAAUAAAACGGAGAUGUUGAAGGCGUUAAUGCAUCAAUGUACAACUCCCCACAUUAUCCUCGGGGGAGGGGGUUCCACUGCAAAAUGCUUCGAGUAUACCCAUAAAAUAUUAGACCAACUAGGUUUAUUGGACGAGCCACUGGAAAGAGGCUGACAGUCGAAGUUGAUUGCAUGCUCAAGUGAUGCACCGUCGAAGCCGUAUCGGAACGAGGCGACGCCGGGUGUUCCAGCUGUGAAGCAAGUAGAUACAGGACUGGACCUAGCGCAGCUCGAGGCUUUCUGUCCUUCCUCUGCACGAUCCAUUGUGGCCCACCAGCACGCCGGUGACAUGUUCCCUGCCUCCUGAUCAAUCGGCACGUAGGAAGUACGGAGUGCGGAGCACGGAGCACGGAGCACGGAGUACAGUGCGGGCUGCUCCGCCGUCCAGUUGUACGAGUGAGUCUCGAACAGGGAUGCGACGCGACUUGGGCAUUGGCCCGGAAAGGAAGGUCAGAAACGACUUUUCUGGAAGCCAACCGGGGCGACACACGAUGCUGCAGCGCUACUGGCCUGACUGGACAAGGGCCCGGGCUGGGCGACUCUGCCCAGCCUGCCAGCCAGUCCGGCUCGGGAUCGUGGGUGGUAGCCUGGACACAAGCAACCUGCAGGCCCAGGCUGCCAGGAUUGUCUAUCUGGCGGAGGCUAACCCCUGCAGAGCAUGCGGUGGCACCCACACGCUGCGAUGUGUGAGGCGUGUAUGGACGCCGGUACUUGAGUACUGUUUGUAUAGAUGUGGGAUCGACUUGAG